AUGCACAGCCCCGCCUUCGGGCGGCUAUCACACGCGGCUGGUGAAUGGAAUGGCAAGGAUGGGGACACAGUUUUCGGAUCGUCCAUCCCCCUGAUAGAGAUCUACGUAUUCUUUAUCCAGAAUCAGUUCUCGCAGGCCUUUGCCGAGAUACGACCUAAAAGCCGCAACGACUUUGCGGCCGCGAUCAUCUGUGCUCUUCCUCUCGAGGCUGACGCUGUCGAAGCGCUUUUCGACGAGAACUAUGACCGCCUCGGGAAAUACUACGGCAAACAGGAUGGCGAUGCGAACGCAUACAUCAAUGGAAGGAUUGGGAAACACGAUGUGGUCCUGUGCUACAUGCCAGGAAUGGGAAAGGGAAGUGCAGCGAGUGUCACGUCGGGUCUGCGAAUCAGCUACCCUCGAACCAAGAUUGCUUUGGUCGUUGGUAUCUGCGGGGGCGCUCCAUCGCCGUCGAAAGAUCAGGAAGUGUUUCUCGGCGAUGUGAUAAUUAGCGACUCGGUGAUUGAAUACGAUUUUGGCCGCCAAUAUCCCGGCGGAUUCCAGAGAAAGACAGGCAUCAAGGAUACCCUCGGCAGAACAGAUCGAGAAAUUUUAACUCUAUUGAAUGGUCUCAGAACAUCCGGCGCCCGGGCUGAAUUUCAAGCUCAGGUAAUGCAGUACCUUCGCCCACUCCAGCAGUCUGAACGCAGAUGGUGCCAUCCGGGCGUUGAAGACAUCCUCUUCGAUGUUGCUCACGUGCACAAACAUUAUAACCAAGACUCAUGCUCUCCUUGCUGCUGUUUGGAGAUCAACUCAUCUGAUGAGGUUUGCGAGGACGCAUCGGAGAAGACCUGCGACGAUCUUGGAUGUGACAACCGCCAAGUAAUACGUCGUCGAGAAAUAUCCGGUGAGGCUGUCGAAGUCUCGACGCAUAUUGGGCCGGUCGCCUCCGCCGAUACAGUGAUGAAGUCUGGAAAACACCGUGACCAGAUCAUCAAAAAAGAGAAGGUCGUUGGUUUUGAAAUGGAGGGAGCAGGUGUAUGCCACAAAAGCAAAUCGUGGCAAGGAUAUGCUGCAGCAACUGGGGCUUGCGCCGCAAAGACUCUAUUGGGGUAUUGGAAACCCAACAGCGAGGAAGAUACCAGCGAGACUCGUCACUUCUUUGUCCCGUUUGGCAGAAAUCCACGUUUCGUGGGCCGCCAAGAUGAAGUUCAGAGGUCAGAGGAGCUAAUCUCGAUCCCUGACGGGCAAAGAAAACUUGCUAUUGCAGGAUUAGGCGGAGUGGGUAAGACCCAAGUGGCUCUAGAGCUAGCUUACCGUAUACGGGACCGUGACCCUGAAUGUUCGGUGUUUUGGGUUCCAUGCACUAGUAAUGAAGCUAUUGAACAAGCCUGGAUGGCCAUUGCACAAGCAGUAGGGAUAAGCGAUGCGACGCCGACAAAUGCGAAAGACCAUGACAUGGAAAUGUGGACCAAGGAUCAAGGCACUGCCUCGCCUCUCGAAGAAUUCGUUCCCUACAAUGAACAGGGCCAUGUUAUCAUUACAACUCGCAAUAAAAGGAUAGGCGUGAGACUAGCCUGCUCUAAUGUGAUACCGCUACGUGAACUCGACAAGAACACCGGUAUGGAGUUUCUGGCAAAUUCGUUGAUCCAACCGAAGCUGCUUGACGAUUCACAUGCUGCAAUCUCCCUUCUUGAACAGCUUGGCUUUCUUCCAUUGGCUGUAACUCAAGCUGCGGCAUAUAUCAACCAAAAUGGCUUAGCAAUACCAGAUUACCUGCUGCUUCUCCAGGAGCAAGAGGUUGAUGUUGUGGAACUACUCAGCGAUGACUCCGCAGCCGACGAAGCGGAAAAUCCCUUGAUGUGGGCAAUGGAAUUUUGGGACAAUGCGAUGGGGGCAGAUCAUCCUCAUACUCUGGAGUCUAUGGAAGAUCUUGCAUAUGUCUACUGGCAACAAGUGCAUCCUGAUACUCUGGAAUCCAUGGACAGCCUUUUAUAUAUCUACCGUGCCCAGGGGAAGUUGGAAAAAGCAGAAGAGCUAGGGAUAAACGCACUCGACAAAUGGAGUCAGGUCUUGGGACCAGAGCAUCAUGAUACUAUGCAAUCUAUGGACAGCCUGUCAUAUAUCUACUGGUCACAAGGGAAACUGGAGAAAGCAGAAGAGCUAGAGAUAAAGGCACUCAAGAAGAAGAUCCAGGUCUUAGGGCCAGAGCAUUCUAAUACUCUAGUCUCUAUGGGCAGCCUCGCACGUACCUACAGUGAUCAAGGGAAAUUAGAGAAGGCAGAAGAGCUAGGGAUGCAGGUAGUCGAGAUCGCGAAAUGGGUGCUAGGGCCAGAGCACCCAGACACCCUCUUCUAUCUCCAUAAUCUUGCUAUGUCUCGAUGGUCACUCGGAAACCUCCAUGAUGCAUUACAUUUAAUGGAAACCUGCCUAAAGCUACGGAGAGAGGUAUUGGGCCCAGACCAUCCGAACACCAUGACAACCUCCGGAAACCUCAAUGGAUUGAAAGAAGAAGUUAACCAUUUAGAAAUAGAAGGAAUACAGAAAGCCUCGAUGGAAUCUUCUCGAACCCUAUCCAGGUGA